CCCCAUGAACUGUGGAAGUGGCUCAGGAUUUUCCACCAGAGCCGGCAGAAGCUAGCAUGGCUUUCGCCGAAGCGAAGGUGGAAGAGCCAGAGGUCGAUGCAGAUGCGGCAGAUGGUCCCCAACACGAGGAGGACCCUCCACCACAGCCGACAGAAGCUACUGUCAUUUCCGCCGAAGCGAAGGUUGAAGAGCCAGAGGUCAAAGCAGUUGCAGCAGAUCCUCCCAAACACGAGGAGGACCCUCCACCACAGCGGACAGAAGCUACUGUCAUUUCCGCCGAAGCGAAGGUUGAAGAGCCAGAGGUCAAAGCUGUUGUGGCAGAUCCGCCCAAGCACGAGGAGACCAAGAAGAAGAAACAAAAGAAGAAGGGCAGGAAGACGGCAAUCCUUCCCAAGAAAGGGUUCACCGGACAGCUACCGGCCCAGAUCAGCGAGCGCUUCAAGGGCACGGUUCAGGUCCGGAGGGAGGAACACAUGGCUUGGGCGUGCUACGGCAUGCUUCGUCAUAGCCAGGAUUGAUUUCUGCCAUGCGACGGGUACCGCGUUGUUUUGACCUUGAGACAACUCCCUUUUUGCCGCUUCUCAGUAAAUUAGCAGAGACAUAUAUGGACAACUUGCUUCAAAGUAGUUGGGACCUGACUUGAACAGACUUCAAUACUUGUAGCUCAUUGAGCCGUUUUGAUUUGUCAGAGGGGCUUAGUUGCCCCUUUGGCUUCUUUCUGUGGAAGGACACAGCAAAUGCCAAGCAGAAGCUGGAGGAGCACCAAGUGGCAAGUGAGGAAAAUGUCGAGUUGGAGACCACCAUUGCGUUGCAGGCGAUCUGAUCCGAGUCAAGGCAGAACAUCCACUUGCUGGUGAGCUAUUUGUUUGAACAUUCACCAGGGCUGUUCAUUGUACAUACUCAGUGCAGAGAGGCGAGCCAGUGCGGAAGCUGAGAAUGAUGAGUGGUUUGUAACGGUUUGUCGUGC